AUGGCCUCCGUUCAGUUCCCCGCUCGGCAGUGCUUGACAUGUGCUUCAAAGGGAGCAAUAUGUGAUGGAGGAUUCCCUAUUUGCUCUUCAUGCCUCUCGUUAAAAGAGACUUGUAAGAAGCCAGAAAUUGAAAUCGAGGUGCCAUGGCAGAAAUCUCCUACCUCUCAAUCUUGCGAGGUCCCGUCUCAUGAUCCCAACCAUAAUGACGCAGUUUUCACGGAAGAUUUCAUCAAAGAACAACAUGGAGAGUUUAUACGUGGCAUUACGCAAGUUUAUGAAACUCUUCGUUAUAUGGAAUAUAUUGAAGAAUCUGAAAUCAGGCGGCCUCCUCAUCAAAACCUUCCCAAGGAGGAGUUCGUCACGAUUGAAUUAGAGCCUGAAGUUAUUGCUCUUCUCCGACAUCUUCCGUUUCUCGAAAUUGAUGAUGAGAUAUCAUAUGGCACCCUUCCUUACAACUAUUUAAAUAAUGUUUCCGAAGCACGCGAAGUCCUCUGGAAAGGUGAAUACGAUCUUGCACCAUGGGCUGUCCGCCUUGGUUCCUACAAAGUCACCCCGAGUAUAUUUGGACGAACCAUAAUUUACGAUAUUCGCACAAAACACAUUAUCCAGUGGCCUAAUAAUUCACCAGGCUAUACAAACACUUAUCUAGACUUGUCAUCUGUUCCUGCAAAAGUUAUGCUAGAUCAAUGGAUAGAAUACCUCCGAGAUCUAAAAGAAAUGCCAUGGUCCAAUGGAAGAUCCCGUCACGUGGAAUCGGAGCCCCCAGCACCUCCAUCUGGUUAUGACGAUUAUAUUGCCAAUGGGUAUAAUAUUUUGGAUCCAACACCCGACGCAGAUCAAUACUUGCUCGAUGGUUAUAACAAGAGAGCUGCACAGAAAAAAUUAUUCGUUGAACAUGGUUGGCCAGAUGAUUUUAGGUUCGAAGAGUUCAGAAUUGCAAAACAGAAGUUCCACAAGGAAGAUAGGAAGCUUAGGAUGGUGGCCCAAAAGCUCAUGCACACUGGCCCGUACGAUGGAAAAGCGGAAGAGAUGGCAGAAGCAAAGGCAGAACACUCAAAGUUCUUGGAAGAAUCUGCUGGAUUGAGAGCAACUAUUAAAGUUAGUCGGUAG